AAGGUGCAGCUGCUAGUUAGGGGGAUUCUGGGCUUGGGGAACGCGGCCGCGCUCACGGUGUUUGGGCGGAGCGUGCAGCGGGUGUUUGGCACGGGCGCGGGCGUCUGGUACGCGCUGUUCCAGGCCAGCCAGUUCCAUGUCGUGUACUAUGCGUCGCGGACGCUGCCGAACAUGUUUGCGUUUGUUUUCAGCAACCUUGCGCUCAGCGCGCUCCUGAACGCACAUGCCGUGUCGUAUAGCAGGGACGACGCCAACCGCAGCAUCCGCCUCUGUCUCUACCUGCUCACCAUCGCGGGCAUCGUGUUCCGCUCCGAGCUCGCGCUCCUGGUCGGCACCAUCACGCUGCACCUCCUCAUCACCCAGCGCCUCUCCAUCGCCAAAGUGAUCCUGCCCGCCGGUGCCGGCGGCCUGCUCAUCGGCCUGCUGUGCACCGUCCCCCUCGACUCCUUCUUCUGGCAGUCGUUCCCGCUGUGGCCCGAGUGGAUCGCGUUCUACUACAACACGAUCCAGGGCCACUCGGCCGACUGGGGCGUGUCGCCGUGGCACUUCUACUUCGCCAACGCGCUCCCGCGGCUGCUGCUCAACCCGGCCACCUACCUGCUGUGCAUCCCCGCCGCGCUGCUCAGCCCCGCGACCCGCCGCCGCAGCCUGGAUCUGCUAGUCCCGCUGCUCGCGUUCGUGGGCCUGUACAGCUUCCUCCCGCACAAGGAGUGGCGCUUUGUCAUCUACGCGGUCCCGGGGCUGACGGGCGUGGCCGCCGCAGGCGCCUCGUGGAUCUGGACGCGCCGCGGCAAGUCGGGCGUGUACGCGCUGCUGGCGCUUGCGCUCGCGGCGUCCGUGGUGCUCUCGUUCGCGGCCUCCUCGGCCCUGCUGCUCGUGUCCAGCCUCAACUACCCCGGCGCGGCCGCGCUCAAUGCGCUCCACACCGCCGUUCCGCUGCCGGCGCACCCCCGCGUCGCGGUCUUCGCGGACAAUCUCGCGUGCCAGACAGGCGUGACGCGGUUCCUGGAGGCGCGGGGCGGGCCGGUAGCGAUCGGGGGCGGGCAGAGCGCGGUGGGGCUGAGGGAGUGGGCGUAUGAUAAGACGGAGGAUCCGGCGCUGUUGCUGGAUCCGCUGUUCUGGGCCAAGUUCGACUAUGUGCUGGCGGAGCGGCCUGAGAAGGUGAUUGGGAGCUGGGAGGUGGUGCACGUUGUGUAUGGGUUUGGGGGUGUGAGGGUGUUGAAGCUGGGGCAGGAGAGUGGGAGGGUGACCGAGGAGGGUGUUCUUGCGGUCGAAGCGGGUGAAGUGGGUGGAGAUUGGACGGGGAGGGUUGCGAGGGUGUGGAGGGCGCUGGAGGGCGUGUUGAGGGAUAGAGUGUUAAGAGGGUAUUGGGUGGAAGUCAGGAUGGAGCCGCGGAUACGGAUCUUGCAGAAUCAGAUGAAGUAG